GGCGGGACGGACCCCGCGUUCUGCAGUUACACGCGAAGGAAAGCUUAAAUGGCCCAAAGCAGUUACUGCCACUAUUUUCGCUUCUCCCCUCUUCACAGUCCUCGCCAACAUCAUUCUUCUUACGAGUCUCCGCCAUUAGCUUGAAAGAAGGAUCGGUUGAAGAAGAUUAGAAGGACGAGCGCGAAUCGAAUCCUCGGGAAGAAGAUUAACCAGAUUUUUUGUGGAGUUUGAUCCCAACGGAAGAUACGGAAGGCGACAUUCUCGGCAAGAGAGCUACAAAACUGUGUAUCGCCUAAUGUUUGAUUCCUUUUAGGCCUCUACCCCUCUCGCUCCGAAAGCCAGCAGCCGAAAGCCUCCGUCGCUCUCCGUCGCGGAAAGCCAGUGGGACUCCAUCGCUCUCCGUCGCCGAAAGCCAAGAGGCCCUGGUAAUGCUUAUGAGGAGCAGGAUACCCUGUUCCGAUUGAACAGAAGUACCGCAAUUCAUUGAGCAUCACGACUAAGGGAUCGGUGUUUCAUUGAUCAUCAUCAUAGAGAUAAGUUCCGACGAAAGAAAGUGUUUAUAAUUAGUUGCAUUUGAAAUUACUUCAACAGAAUAAGCGGGAUAAGGGCUUGAUCAUCAAUGGCUACCCAAGAGAACAUGUUCUCUAAAUUUUUAGAGUUAGUGAAGUCAUUGUUACCUCGGCUCUCUGAGCCUGCAUAUGUAUCUAAGGAUUUUUGGAUGCCCGAUAGUAGUUGCAGGGUAUGUUAUGACUGUGAUACACGGUUCACCAUAUUUGUCCGUAAGCAUCACUGUCGGUUAUGUGGUCGUGUUUUCUGUGGAAGUUGCUCUGCUAAUUCUAUCCCCAUACCUUCAGCUGAGCCAAAUAGUAGAAGGUUGGAUGGAGACAGGGUUCGUGUCUGCAAUUUUUGCUUCAAGCAAUGGGAGCAGGAAGUGGCAGCGGCAGAUAAUGCUAUAGAAUCAUCCAAUGCCGACAUGGAUAAUUCAUAUUGGACAACGAGCAUGAUAAGUACAAGAUCCAGUGGCACCCCUGAGAGCAGUACCAUGACUAUUGGUUCCAUGUUUUACUCUAAUGGACCAAGUCAACAAACUCUUUAUUGGUCUAGCCCCAGCUCUGUUCGAUCCAUGAUAGUUGAGCCUGAGGAUGGUGAGCAUGAUAUUCUGAUGUUUGAUUCGCAUGCUAAUUCCUUUGUAGACAAAGGGGAUACUUGCCGUAAUCACUUCAGUUAUUGCAAUAUUAGCAGUAACUAUGAUGAUGACGGAAAUGUAGAAUGCCAGUCUAACUCUGGAGCACAGCAUUUCCAGCAUUCUGAGGAGUACUAUAGUAGAGUUGAAUAUGACAGGAUCAAUCAUGAUUUUAAUAUAAAUGAGGUGCUGCAUGACGAAGAAGAUGCUGCUUCCCAAAUGGUUUUCUCUCCAGUUCUCGAUGGCAUAAAGUUACAGGAUUCUUUAAGCAAUGAAGUUAUUGCAGAAGCUGAACCAGAUCAUAGUGAUGUGUGUGGUUUGUCAUCCAUUCAUGGAAUAGACAGUGUUGAUGAACCUGUAGAUUUUGAGAAUAAUGGAUUACUUUGGCUCCCCCCUGAACUUGAAGAUGAGCAAGGCGAGAGAGAAGCAGGUUUGUUUGAUGAUAAUGAUGAUUAUUAUUAUGAUAACACUGGAGAAUUGGGCUAUCUCCAUCAUUUGAGGAGCUUUCACAGCCGUGAAUUCCAUACAACAGAUUGCUUGAGUGAUGAGCACAGGAAAGCAAUUAAAAAUGUCGUUGAAGGACAUUUUAGAGCAUUGAUAGCUCAACUCUUACUGAUUGAAAAUCUUCCAAUUGGUGAAGAAGGUGACAAAGAGAGCUGGUUAGAGAUUAUUACAUCAUUGUCAUGGGAAGCAGCAAAAGUUCUUAGGCCGGGCACUAGUGAAGGUGGAACGAUGGAUCCUGGUGGGUAUGUUAAGGUUAAGUGCAUUGGUUGUGGUCAUCGCAGUCAGAGCAUGGUGGUAAAAGGAGUUGUUUGUAAGAAGAAUGUAGCACACCGCCAUAUGAUGUCUAAAAUUGAAAAACCAAAAUUAUUAAUCCUUGGAGGUGCUCUUGAGUACCAGAGAGUAAGGAAUUCAUUUUCAUGUUUGGAUACUUUGCGGCAGCAGGAAAUGGACCACUUGAAGAUGGCAGUCGCAAGAAUUAAAGCUCGGGAGGCCCAAGUUCUUUUGGUGGAGAAAUCAGUGUCUCGUAUAGCUCAAGAUUAUCUUCUUGCAAGAAAUAUUUCACUUGUUUUGAAUAUCAAAAGGCCCAUUUUAGAGCGAAUAUCGUGCUGCACUGGAGCUCAAAUAGUUCCUUCUAUUGAUAAUGUAUCAUCAUCUAAGCUGGGGAGCUGUGAUCUAUUUUAUGUAGAGAAGUUCUUGGAAGGGCAUGGCACUGCUGUGCAGGGAGGGAAGAAUAUGUUGAAGACUUUGAUGUUCUUUGAAGGAUGCCCAAAACCUCUCGGCUGCACUAUUAUUCUCAAAGGUGCAAAUUGUGAUGAGCUGAAGAAAGUAAAGCAUGUGGUCCAGUACGGAUUUUUUGCUGCUUACUAUCUAGCUUUGGAAACAUUGUUCCUUGCUGAUGAAGGGGCCCAUGUACCAAAACCUCCAUUGCAGUCUCCAGUGACUGCAGCUUUACCAAAUAAUUCAUCUUGUCUUAACAAAUACGUAUCCACAGUUCCUGCUUUUGCAAACAAUUCUAUAGAGCCAGCUGUUAGUAGCAGUGGCUGUACUGUCAUAAACACACAAGAUUCGUCAAAAGCAACUAUUUCCAAAGAAAAAGAAAUACAAAUAUCACCACCACUGCCUUCCAGAAGUGCCAGUUUCCAAAUGGAAGAUUGCACCUCAAGCUUUAUUACUCAACCUGUUGCCAGUGGAAAGUUGCAUUCAUUCCUUUCAAACACUUCUUCAGAUAGUCUACCCGCGCAGUUUGCAACUGAGAAGAAUAAUUUGUGUUUUGGGAAAUCUCACUUUACUGAAAAAUCCACAAAUGUUGUUGAAGAUCAUGCCAAUUUUGAACCCGUCUUCCUAGAAGAUAAUUUAAAGAGAUCAGAGAAAGGCUGCAAUCAAGUUGUUCUAUCUGAUGUACUGGAUUCAAACCGGCUUAAUAUUGAUCUACAAGAAACGGCAAUGGUAAAGUAUGAAUUUUCAUCAUCUCCUUCAGAUAACCAAACCAUUUUAGUUUCUUUAUCAAGCCGUUGUGUGUGGAAAGGCACGUUUUGUCUGCGAUCUCAUCUCGUGCGGAUUACAUACUAUGGUAGCUUUGACAUGCCUUUGGGGAGAUUUUUAAGAGACCAUCUAUUUGACAAGAGUUAUCACUGUCCUUCAUGUGAGAUGCCCCCAGAAGCUCACAUUCAAUGCUACACCCAUCAACGAGGAAGUCUGACAAUAUCUGUUAAAAAACUUCCCCAGUUUAAUUUGCCCGGAAAACGGGAUGGAAAGAUAUGGACGUGGCAUAGGUGUUUACGAUGUCUUCGGCUUAAUGGUUUACCUCCUGCAGCCACAAGGAUUGUAAUGUCAGAUGCUGCUUGGGGUUUGUCUUUUGGAAAAUUUUUAGAGCUUAGCUUUUCAAAUCAUGCAGCUGCUAGCAGGGUCGCUAGCUGUGGUCAUUCUCUUCAUCGGGACUGCCUUCUAUUUUAUGGGUUUGGAAAAAUGGUUGCUUGCUUUCGGUAUGCAUCAAUUAUUGUUCACUCUGUUAAUCUGCCACCACAUAAACUUGACUUCAACUAUGAAUAUCAGGAGUGGAUGCAAAAGGAAGCAAACGAGGUCGACAGGGGGAAAGAACUGUUACUCUCUGAAGUGUUAAAAUCUCUACCGCUGAUUGCAGAUAAAUGGAAAUCCUUGAAGUUUGCUAAUGCUACGGCGAUAAACCCAGAGCCCAGUCAUCACUUUCAUGAACUUGAAGAAAUGUUGCAGCAGUUUAAGGAAAUUUUUGAGGAAUCUCUAAAUAAAGUGCUUAAAAAGGACGUGAAGAAUGGGGAAUCAUUCAUUGAUAUUCUUGAGAUCAAUAACUUGAAGAGGCAGUUGGUCUUCCAGUCAUAUCUUUGGGAUCAACUUUUGUUAUUUGCUAGUGAAUCAGAUAAUCCUCGGGAUUGUCUUAAUGGUUUCUUGGUUAGUGAUACACAGAAAAUCUUCCCGGACGAGAAGCUAACAGAUUUAAAUAUAGCUUGCAAAAUGGAGAGCAGUUUAAACAGUAACAAUACUGUUUAUUCAGAUUCCAGAAUAGAUAUAAUCAACAAAGAUGGAAAUUAUGUUGAUAGCCUUGUAGAGAAGCAAAGUAAACCGCUUGACGAAUCAAAUCUCACUCUGCAGAAAACAGAAACUGAUGUUGACACUUCAGAAUGUGAACAAAAUAAGGCCAGUCUUUCUACUAGUGUAAGUGAGGAUGAUCAGCUAGAUCCUCUGGAUAUGGUUCGUGGGGCUAUCUGUGAUGUGAAAUUUCCACUAUUGGCCAAUCUUUCUGAUACAUCUAAAAAAAAUUGGACCUGUGAAUAUGACCCUGUGCUUACAGGUAUUCUGGACUCAUCUGAUACGGUAGAUGCAGCAGAACCAGUUUUAGCUUUGGAGGAUACUGAAGAGAAAAUUGUAGCCAAUGUACCACAGUCUUUAGCUUCUGUUGUACUUGAUAAGUUGGGGAACAGUGCAGAAGAGUCCUCAAGCUGGAUUGGAUUACCUUUUUUCAACCUCUACCAUUCCUUUAACAAGAAUUUCGGCAAUAUUCCAAAAUUUAAUGCUCUUAAUGAGUACAAUCCUGUGUAUAUUUCUUCAUUCUUGAAGUUGGAGCAUCAAGGUGGGGGGAGGUUGCUUCUUCCAGUUGGAGAAAAUGAAAUUGUGAUCCCUGUUUAUGAUGACGAGCCAACGAGUAUCAUAUCUUAUGCACUAGUCUCCACUGACUAUCAUAUCCAGAUGUCAGAUGACUGGGAGAGAACUAGAGAAGUUGAUUCUUCAUUUCAAUCGGCAUUAGGUGACUCGGUCAACCUUAACUCUUUUUACUCAGUUAAUGAUGUCGCCUUUGAAACAUUCCAAAACUUUGAUUCAACAGAAGAGGGCAUAAUGUCAUUGUCUGGGAGCAAAAGCUCAUUGGAUCCACUUAUGUCUAUAAAUCGAAUGCAUGCAAAAGUAUCUUUCGAAUCUGAGGGCCCUCUGGGAAGAGUCAGAUAUACUGUGACUUGCUAUUAUGCUAUGCACUUUGAUGCUUUGAGGAGAAAUUGCUGCCCAUCUGAGCUAGAUUAUAUAAGAUCUCUUAGUCGUUGUAAGAAAUGGAGAGCCCAGGGAGGCAAAAGCAAUGUCUUUUUCGCUAAAUCACUAGAUGAUAGGUUUAUCAUUAAACAGAUCACUAAAACAGAAAUUGAAUCCUUUAUUGAUUUUGCUCCUGGGUACUUCAAAUAUCUCUCAGAAUCCAUAGCGACCAGAAGUCCUACAUGCCUUGCAAAGAUUCUCGGUAUCUAUCAGGUAUCAACAAAGCACUUGAAGAGUGGAAAAGAGACAAAAAUUGAUGUACUGGUCAUGGAGAAUCUUUUGUUUGGACGAAAUGUAACAAGACUAUAUGACCUUAAGGGAUCUUCAAGGGCAAGAUAUAAUCCUGAUUUAAGUGGUAGUAAUAAAGUACUACUUGAUCAAAAUUUGGUUGAGGCUAUGCCAAAAGCUCCGAUUUUUGUGGGUGACAAGGCAAAGCGUUUAUUGGAAAGGGCUGUUUGGAAUGAUACAUAUUUUCUUGCAUCAAUAGAUGUAAUGGAUUAUUCUUUACUGGUUGGCGUUGAUGAAAAGAAGCAAGAAUUAGUUAUUGGCAUCAUUGAUUUCGUGAGGCAAUAUACAUGGGACAAGCACCUGGAGACAUGGGUCAAAGCCUCAGGUAUUUUGGGCGGGCCGAAGAGCGGACCAAAGCAAUACAAGAAACGUUUCAGAAAAGCAAUGUCUGCUUACUUCAUCGUUGUCCCUGAUGGGGAGCAACAUGUGUGUUUGAAUUGAUUUCAUGGUAUAUAUUUGUUUCAGGAAGUAAGAAAAUCUCCCUAAUUUCCUCCCAUUCGAAUGUAUCUUGUUUGAGAAAAAUGUCAAAGUAGUCUUAACGCAUUGUAGGGGGGAGUCAUUUUAGUCCCAAUCUAUAGAGUUGUUAAUUUAGUCCUCAAAUUCUUUUAAAAUAGGCUGACAUAGUCCCCACAUAGCACUAUUAGCUCCAAUUUAAAGAGUAUGGGACUAAUUUGACAGUUUUAUAAUCUUUGGGGCUAAAAUGACCCCAUGGAAACAGAAAGAGGUCUAUUUUAGCACUUGUUUUCCUUUGGUCGUUUUACCUUCUCAUAUUUUUGAUCUCAUUUUGAUCUGCGUCAAUCUCUAUUAAAAAUAGGGUGUUUUCCUAUGACAAUCAUGAGAUCCUAACUGCAAUCCUUUUUAACCUUUACCUUACUGAGUCCUGGGAGCUCGCCUAACAGAUGACACCUUGACUUCAAUUCUUAGUUCUUAGUUAUACAAUUUUUUUAUUUUAAUCUUUUCUAAAAUUGUUCUGUGAGGUAAUAACUUGAGCAACAUGGUUGUAAUUUGGGUAUUUGCUUUUA